AAGCAUGUCUUUCGAGCCGAUUGGAAUUGGGGGAAAUCAGUCAUAUGUGGACACACAUGACAAUGCUACACCUAAAAGCGUGGGAGCAGAAAACACAGUUGGAAAAAGCAAAAAAUCAAAAUCAAAUCUUUUUCGUUGUGGACUCUGUGAUGUUUUCUCUACAUUCCAUAAAUCUAGUUUGAUACGCCACAUGCGAACAGCACAUGAGGAAAAGGACAUAACGUAUGCAUGUGAUAUUUGUCCGAAGGUUUAUCGCUCGAAGAUGCUAUUGCAAGAACAUAUAAGGGGCGUACACGAGAAGAGGUACAGGUGCAGCCAGUGUCCAAAAGCACUAUGUACAGCUAGUGGACUCAGGAGACACGAGGAGUUCAUUCACAAUGGAAGCAUGCCUCAUACGUGUGUGUUGUGUGACAAAAAGUUCAGAGAUAUGCAAGACUUAGAGGGACAUAUCAACAACAUACACAGAAAAUAUGCACCGUUUUCCUGUGGUAAAUGCAACAAAAUGUAUCACCAUAGAAAAUCAUUAUCUGAACACAAGGUAACCUGUCAAGGGAUGAGAAGGUUCCAAUGUAGAGUUGACCAAUGUCAAAAGGUCUUUGAAACAAGAGCUGGAAUGAAUGAUCAUGAACGCGCAAAACACAGUAGAGACUUUCCUUAUAAAUGUGACAAGUGCGAAAAGAAAUUUUCUUGGCGAUCUUCAUUAGCUAAACAUAGGAUGUCAGAGGGACAUUAAGAAGUUAGUAGUCAUAGGCUGAGUGUUGGACACAAGUUUGUAUUGAAAAAAAGGUUAUUGAAGUUGAAGUUUUUCAUAACAUAUACGUGCUAUUUAAAGAGAAUUACAUUACACUCUAUACAAUAAUUUAUUUUAUGUAGAAAUUUAAACACUGUGUUCAACACAGUUAUUGUAUAAGUUUUCUGUCAUUAAAGAGUACAAUUUAUGGUACUUAACAGGAAAUGACAA